AUGACGAAGCUCAUUGCCAUCACAGGCAUCACCGGAGUUCAGGGCGGCUCUGUUGCCAACACCUUCUUCCAAACCCCUGGUUAUACCAUCCGUGGUGUAACUCGCAACACCGAAUCUCCAGCAGCCAAAGCAUGGGCAGCAAAGGGCGUUGAGAUCGUCAAGGCCGACUUUGACGAUGUCGAGUCGCUCAAGCGGGCCUUCCAAGGCGCCAACGUCAUUUUCGGCGUCACUGAUUUCUGGAACAUCUUUGGUGACCCUCGAAGCAAAGAGCUCAAGAAGCCUGAUCAGGAACUCGUCGAAUACUGCUACGAAGUUGAACUACGACAUGGCAAGAACCUUGCUGAUGCUGCCGCCUCAACGGCGUCCACAUUAGACCGGUGCAUUUUCAGUUCCAUGGCUAAUGCAACACAAUCGAGUGGUGGCAAGUUCUCAAAGUUAUACCAUAUGGACGGCAAGGCCCAAGCCGCUACGUAUGCGCAAAGCCUUCCUGAACUUAAGAACAAGUUCUCUCAAAUCCAAGCCCCAAUCUACUACCAAAUUGCAUUGGAAUGGGGAUUGCCAGUAGAACCAACAAAGCAACCCGAUGGAACUUACCGAAUGAAGGUCCCCGGCGCUGCCCACAAGCCCAUCCCUCUCGGAAACGUUGGCACUGACCUUGGGCCUAAUGUUAAGGCUCUUGUUGAGCAAGCGCCUCCCAACACAAACUUAUUUGCUGUGGGCGAAUAUCUUUCUUGGACCGACUAUCUUCGCAUCUUCUGCGAGACCCAGGGCGUUCCAUAUGGAGGCGUUGACGAGCUGACAUAUGAUGAGAUUAAUGAGCUCAUUCCCGGUGGCUUGGGUCACGAAUUCGGAUUGAAUGUCUUAUUUGCAUUUGAAUUUGGGUAUGAGGGAAGAGAGCCAGGGAUUGUUGGGCCAGGAAAGUACGGAAUUAGAAUGUCGUCUUUUAGAGAAUACUGCGAGAAGGCUGAUUUCUCUAAGUUGCUGAGCAAGUAA